UCGCCGCCAAGAUCCUGGGGCUGACGGCCAGAAGCGAUCACGAUUGCUGAUUGGACGGCUUCUCAAAGGACAGAGAAGGUGCAAAACUCCACAGCUGGGGAAAGCUCCACGAGACAUCGUCGUCGUCAUUCUCUCGCGGUCGCAUAGGGUAUUUGGGGACGGCAUCUUCAAUCGUUAGGGUCGCUUUUCCAACCAACCCACAAAAUUGCUAGAGUCUCCCACAGCAGCCGCGCGCCAUUUCUAGCACCCGAAUCCAACCGAUCGUCGCACUCAAUGGCGCCCGCCAUACCAUCCGCCGAGUUACGACUCUCGUACCCCCUAUACGCCCUCGACUUCGAUCCCGAAGAUGCGAACCGCCUCAUAGUUGGCGGCGGCGGCGGUGCUGCCCGGAGCGGUGUUGGGAACAAGGUUAGCGUGUUGGAUGCGUCCCACGACGGCGCCAUCCAGAUCACCUCCGAAAUCGAACUCAGCCGCGAUGAGGACAGUGUCAACACCCUCGCUGUCGGCUCCCGCAAGGGGAAUUCGCUGUUUUUCUAUACCGGGAUCAACUCAGCCGAGGAGGAUUUGAAGAAGGGGAAGAAUGAGCACUUCAGGGUCUUCACCGCCGACCUACCCUCCAAGGCAAAGGCCGAACCAAAGAUUGCCGAGACUUCGAGGUCCGCCUUCUUCUCGACUACAGAUAAUGAGGCAUAUCAGAGGUUGUUGAGGAUAUCGGGCCCGGUCGGCGCAGUUGCCACAGGUACCAUUGGCCGCGCAAAGGACGCCCAGAUUGCCAUCUUUGACAUACCCGCCGCAACCAGCAAUAAGCCGACACCCAAGCUCAGAGGGAAGGUGGAGCUGCCGAAGGAGGCUAUGGAUAUGGAUAUGAUGCAGAUUUCGGACGACGAGCAUCAGUUGGUAUACUGCGAUGACUACAACAUCUACACCCUGGUCAUCAGCAAGACCACCACUAGCGGGCCACACUCCGUCUUUGCUAUGCCGCUCGAGGAGGCGAUCGGAGCCAAGGACCGCGCAUCGUUCCGGGCCAUACGCUUCUUGACCCCGACGUUCGUGCUGGCGGUCGCAAACGUGCCCAAGGCGGGCGGCGCAGUGCUCCAGGGCUUCCGCCUACCCAAGCCGGCUGAUCUAGGGAAGGAAGAGAAGGAAGGCAAAGCCCGGCUCGCCAUCUCGGCACACCUCCCAAAGAGCAUCUCGCGCGCGACGGGCAUGGCCGUGCGCAACCUCUCCCCGCCAGCCACACCCACCUCGAAACAAGGCGACACCCAAUUCGCCAUCGCCGUGACCGGCCAGGACAGCUCCGUCACGCUGUACACGCUCGACCACCAAUCCAUCGGCGACAUCAAGCUCAUCGCCAACCUCUACCCCAUCACCACCCUCAAGGAAGUCCACCUCGGCCCCAUCUCCGGCCUCGCCUUCUCCCCCUUCACCCCGCCCUCCAAAUCACUCCCGACAACAACCCCACACCUCAAACUCGCCUCCAUCGGCUCCAUGGCCAACACCUGCAUCAUCCACUCCCUGCCCCUCCGAAAACUACCCCCCACCACAACCUCCUCCACCACCACCACCACCACCACGCCCCCACCUCGAUACGUCCUCGCCCUCAAAUCCCGCCGGCCCUCCCCAACCAACCUGCUCCUCGGCUCAGCCCUCGUCUUCGCCCUCCUGGCCCUCCUCCUCCAGGGCAUCCUCGAAGUGCGCGGCGCCUCCCGCCCCGUCAUCGGCGCCCGCACCUUCACCCCCGUCACCUGGCACCGCCCGGGCCGCUUCUACGGCGUGGCACCCGCCUCUACUCCCAUAGGUGGGGGUGUGUUGGCGGAGUAUCACGACCUCGCCUCUUCCGCUACCGCUGCUGCUGCUGCUGCUGGGGGUGGUGCGGAUGGUGGGAAGGUGCCGGAGAAGGUGGUGCUGCACCACGUCACGGAGGAGGAGGAGGAGGACGGGACGCUGCGGGUGGUGGAGGGGCACGACGAGGAACGGCACGGGCCGGCGAGGGGGUGGGAGGAGCUGGAGGAGGCGCAGCGCGAGGCGUGGCGGGCGACGCUGAAGAAGGCCGGGCAGUGGGGCGAGGAGAUGGGCGAGGCCGUGUUCAGGGGCGUGCUGUUUGGGGAGAUUGCGGGGGUUGUGGGGGCUAUGGUGGCUUGAACCUAGUACCUACCUAGGUAUGGAAGGGGUUGGGUUGUUGGGUUAGGGGGGUGGGAUGGGUUAGGGG